GCGGACGAAUCGAACGGUAGAUCAUUUACCGAACUAAUCCGUCGGUCGCUCUACAUUCGCACCGCGUCGUCCAUGGACCAGUCGACGGAAACGCCCGGGUACAUUACCAUAUUUUAUAAUUGUUACGAAUUAAAUACCCGUAACGGUUUUGAACGUCAUUUGUGUUAUAUGUUUUCACGCCGACAGCGAUGACAGGCAACCGCCGUUUUGGAAACUGUGCAGAUAUUGGGUCGCUUUUAUUAGUUUUCUGGGAUUUAUCAACCUUUAUAUGCUCCGGGUCAACCUGAGUGUAGGAAUCGUGGCGAUGACUGUGUCCACGGAAACCCAAGUAAGUUUGCUUUACACGUCUGCAGUUUAAGUCACGUAUGCAUAUUGUAUUUACCUAAGAUCCGACUUUUAGAACUAUACGCGCACAAAUAUUCACAAUAUUUGAAUAAAACCACAACAUUAAAAUAUUAUUUUAAAGAAUUCCAACAUUUCCGUAUGGCCCUCCUGCGAAUUCAUCUAAAAGUGUAUACCUAUUAUGCAAUAUGUUAUUUAGGCUAAAGUCAUCUUAAAAUUGGCUAAACCCAAAUAGUUGUGAUGAAAACGUAGGAGAAGAAGGGCUUCUUAUACCAUCAAUGGGUAUAUUGGCUAUAAGUUACGUAUCUGUCUAUCGAUAGUCAAAAAUCUAAAUUUUAGUUUCCAAGUGGAAUGAAGAAGCUUAAAGUUUUACAAAGAUAAUUUCAGAAGACUUACUCGGACGACUACGUGCAGCACUUUCACUGAAAGGAAAUCGGCUUGUGGAGGUACCUAUGGGAUGUCAUUUUUCGAUUUUCUCAAGAUUUUUCUCAUCAAAUUUGAAAAACCGAAAAAAUAUAAGAAAUUGAGGUACAGUAAAACUUCCAUAUAACAGACACCGUAGGGACCGAAAAUAAUAAACGCUCUUUAUUUGUGAUCGUUAGCGGAAGUUUUACUGUGUUAGUUAAAAUAUGUUAUUAAAUAUAUUUCUUUUUUUCUGUGCACAAUUUUUCUACUAGCAAUACCGAUUUUUACAUGUGAAAAACCGUCAUUUCAUCGUCUCAUUCAAGGGCUUACUGGAAUAACUGAUUCAACUUUACCUCGAAACCAUAAGAAGAUAUUAAAAAAAUUCCAAAUUAGGUAUGAAAAUUAUGUAUCCAUGUUGACUAAUUUAAUCGCGAAAACAGAAACACAACUGUUAUACAGCAGAUAUAUAGAGUGCCAAUAAUAAAAGCUAUAUGGGAAUGACAUAUCAAUUUAUUAAUGAAUUUUCAUACAAACGGUCUUCAUAUGUCUUAAGUUGUGGGCGAAUAAAAGGUCACCAUAAUUAUUUGAAUAUCACUACACGUACUUACAUGACGGUAUAUAUAUAUAUAUUUAAAAACUGAUGGUUAGAAUAUGAUCGAUACAUAGAGGACGACCACAUAGUGCAAUUUAUAUGCGCAUUACAUUCAAAAAUUAUAAUAUUACAGAAUGACGAUGACCUCGCGCGUUCCCCGUCUUUCUAGGACUAUUCAAUUUUAACGGUGCUACAGAACUUAAUUCUAUGUUUUACCGAGAGACGUUUUUAGGAUAAAAGUCUACAAAGAAUACUGCUGCAGUCAUGUAUGUGAAAAUAACAAACUCGUAUUACUACUCCCGAAAUAGGACUUAUUGGGUAAUAGUACCCAUCUGUAAUAUGUGUUGGAGUUCAACUCGAUGUAAGCUAAGUUUUAUUAAGGGUAGCAAGCAAUUAUGGAAUUAAAAUAUGUACCAUAUUAUAAUUUAUAAAUUGUUUUAGAGACUAGUUUAUAUUUUGGUUACCUAAAUAAUAUUUACGUUACUGGAAAACGGGUAAACUGUGACAAAUUAUGGUUUACAAGUAUAAUUAUUUCAUAUUAAAGACGAAGAUUAAUUUAUCGUUUAGACAUUUGACAUUGAUAAUAAUUAUUAAUUAGUAUUAUAUUCGUUGAUAUUAAUAUGAGAAUUAUUUUGUUGUUUUCGGUAAUUCAUAUAUUUUCUUACAGGGCCACUAACUCUUUUUAACUUUACGUUGUUAAACUAAGGGGGUAUAAAUAAUACUUACAGAGUAAAUAGUAUGUCGGUAUAACAUUAUGUGUAAUAAAAAAUACAGAUUUGAAAACUUAUCCUAUAUAAUUAUUGGGACCUAGUAUAAAUUUUAGUAUUAAUUUAUCAUUGUUUGUUUUUUUCUGAUUAUUUCUGACCGUUAAUGUCUAGUCAAGUUACCUGAGUGGUUCACAUUCAAAAUUGAAGAAAAUCAAAAUCACAUGCAAUAAAUUUAAUUAUUUUGCUUAUUCAGUAUAGAGUAGUAAGAUGGUAUAUUUAUGUAAAAGUAUUUCUUACUGUAAGAACCCGUACAAUAAUUAAAAUUCAUAAUAUUAUUUUUAAACAUUUUAUUUUAUUUUUUUAAGAAUUUAUACUCGAAUUUAUAUUAGUUAAUUUACUUAGUUUAAUUUAAUCGUAUUAAUUAUAGUCCAUGGUUGAUUAAUUAAAUCAAUAUUAUUAAUGUUUUUAACCAGUUAGGCAUUUACACAAAUUUAAAAAUGAAAAAUAAUAAACCGUUAAAUACUAUAUUGUUAACAUCGACCUUUGAUAUUUGUAUUUUAUUAANUUUUGAUGGGUUUUAAAUUGUAAGUAUUGUUAAUGUAGGUACCGACAUAGAUAUUACAAUAGGUAUCUAGGUAAUUAAUAAUUAUUAAUAAGUACUAUUUUAAAACUUUUUCUGUUUAAAGCAUAUGAAGAUCUAUAUUUGUUUUAUUUAUCUUACAUACAUAUCAUAUUAUAAUUUCCUGGUUUAGAAUCAAUAGUUUUAUUUUAAAACAGUUCCUUAUUGAUAAGUGAUUAAAUAAAACAUUAAAAUCCAUUCAUGUUCUACAUACCAACAAAAAAUAUAUUUUCAAAUAUUUGUUAAUAGAUUAAUGUAGGUAUCUACUUAUUCAAAUAUUACUAUUGUAAUCGCAAUUACUAAAAACAGUAGGUAAUAACUGUGUUUAGUGUCAACUUGGAUAUCAGCUAAGCCGUUAAAUGUAAUUUAUAUAUUUUUUAUUGCAAUCGGGUAACAUGCUUGUUUUUACACUAUUCCAAAUAAAUAGGUACUUAAAAAAAUAAAUAAAAAUGUUUUACUUGUAAUAAUGUCUUUACUCUUGUGAUAUAAUACACAAAAAUAAUAUUAUUCAUUUAGCCAGUACUGUUAGGCAAAUACAGGGUGCUCUAUUUAUCACGAACCAGCAGUUUUUAAGUUAAUUUGAUUUCUGUUUUUCAAAUAUUAUGGAAUUAUUUAAGCUUUAAUCAUUAUUUUCAAUGUUUUAUCCCCGCUGCUUUUAUACCUUAAAUGAGUACAAUUGAUUUUCAAAUAGCAAAUAGACCCUUUUUUAAACCCAUGUAGAGAAUUCUGCAAAUGUUUCAGGAUUUUUCUGUAUUUAUACACUACUUGUAUUGAAUAUACCAAUUAUAAAUAAUUACAAUUUAAAUUACAGUCUUUUAUAUUUAUGUAUUAAAAAAAUUACGUUUAUUAUUUAUUGAGUAUAAGGUAAAUAUAGUUGUUAUAACUCAUAACGAUUGUCUUACCACAAUUUUUUACAAAAAAAAUAUCAAAAUGUUAUCACUUUUUAUUAUUAUAUAAGUUUAAACCAUGUACGAAAAUGCGUGAAAUAUAUUUGUAUAAUAUGACGAUAUCUUUUUUCUAUUGAUAACUUUAUAAAUAGGUUCACCACUGACUUUCAAAUAUAUAGAUGUCAUAUUAUGGUAAAAUGAUUACAAUUAUAUGCGUUUCCACGACAACAAAUUGAGUUUUCUCAACAAAUGAGAAAAACAGGAAAAUUUAAAAAAUGGAGGUAUCAGCUAAAAUUAUAAUGGUCUUCUUUCCUUGUGAACCACUUUUCUACCGGCAAUUUUGCUUUAACUUUUAAUGAUAGCAAUUUUUCCAAUAGGAAAUUUCACUGGAGAUUUACUUUGAAAGGGUGGUUUUUCGAUUGUCUCCAUAGUAUUAUCAGCAAAUGUGAACAACUGGGAAAAAACCAGCGAAAUCGGUACAACAUUAAACAAAUAUUAUUAAAGAAAAUAUAUAGAGCCUACUAAAAUUGUUUUACUAUGAUAUGGCAUAUAUAUUAAUGACAAAGCAUCACUAUCAACUGAACUCCGUUUUUUCGUAAGAAAUGGUUUAUCGUUGUUUACAGGUAUUCAUUAAAUUACUUAUAACAGUGGCUGCACCCGUUCCCAUUAUCCUAGGACGUCUUUUUUCGACGUGGCAAUAGUAACAGUAUAACAGUCUUUCGUCAUUAUUGCAUUGCAACAAGGCUGACCAAGUGCACUUAGCGGAUUAACGAAUAAGCUAAUCAGGCCUGGGUCUAGGGCCGCAAAUAUUUUUUUUCUUCCGUUAAAAUAAACAAUGGAAACCCGUAAUUUCAUUGAAUUUUAGUCGAGUUAUUUCUUCAUAGAUGCUGAGGAAUGUAAUGGUUUUACAAUGAUGUUUAUUUAAUUUUUUUUUUUUCCUAUAAACAACUCUUUUAACUCUAUAACAACUCAAUUUAACUCCGAUCCACAAUGGCAAUACAAGGCCUAAGAGCGCUAAAUGUCUUAAUCCGGCACUGGCACUCGGCCAUAAUCAAAUGUUACACUAAAUGUGUGUAAAAACUGAUUAAAUAACUUAGGCAAUUUUUCUACGGAGAAAAACAAAAUUUAAACACCUGGUCAAAAUACAACAACUCAUAAUUUGGUAUGUUUUCACUCGGUCGGUUUUUUUUUUUUUUUACAGUUGUAGGGACUCGUUAGUCAUCUUAUUGCGCUUGGUCACUUUUUGCGUGACGGCCGGACGACGACGAUAUAUAUUAUACAUUUAUGUAUAAAAAUUUAAUUAUAUAAAUGUAAAUUAAUAACCAGUGAUACGAUUAUCUCCAACCCAUAAUAUUAUGUUAAUGCUUAGCACGGUGACACGCUUCGGUACGUAACCUCUUAUCGCAAAUCCGUGUUGAUAUUAUUUGGGUAUUUCUUUAUUAUCGUGUGUAGAGAAUAAAACGCGUUAAAAAUGGUCAAUGGACACAUUGUAUAAUUUAUAAAUUGUACUUAGGAUUUUAAUAAGUGAUUAAAGAUCAAAUGUUGACUAAAAUCGUAAAAAAAUGAUAGCGUUUCAAAAAAAAAAACGUUUAACCGAACUUUGAUCUGAAUCGUUCUUCGUUAGCAGUGGUUAUACCCUUAUAGGUAUAAAUUAAACAAUUUUCUGUAUCCUGUCUUCCCGAUAAUACACCUAUAUACAAUGGUGGAUCUAAAGUUGAAUUUCGAGGGACGGGGAGGCUCCUAAAAAAAAUAACUACUUACCAAAAAAAGAAAAGGGGGUUUGCUCCGUUAAACGAUUGCUUACGUAUACAUUGAUAGGAGUAAGAUUUCUGAUCAAAAAUGUAGAAAUAGAAUUUAGAAUAAAAAUUUAAAAUAGAGUCUACUUAAUUAUUUUACUAAUAUAUGGCACAUAUAUUGUCGACAAUCGCCGCGUUUAUACCAUAUAUGAGUUAUAUGAGAACACAAUAAUUGUGACAAUCGUGUAAAGGUACUGGCGACGGGUGCAGCCUCUGUUAUAGGUGGGAAAAUAUCUACAGCAGUUAGGUAAUCCUGUUGAACAGGUAGGAUACGUAAAGUUAUUAAAUUUUUAUCUGUACGCAAAGGUAUUGUUGUAAACCAUUGCUAACGAAAUACGAUUCGGAGCAAAGUUCAGUAAGAAUUAUUUCGAAAUGCCGUAAUUUUUACAAUUUUGACCAAAAUUUGAGAAACAUAAUGCAUUAAGCUGCAUUAAAACUGUUUUUAGACCACUAUAAGUACUGUUUAUAAUGUAAGUACUCUUUGUUAAAAUUUCAUGCAUUUCUCUUAAGUCAUAUAAUUUUAAUAAAAGAUUCUUACUAAAUAAAAUACACAUAAAAACACUAAAAUAUCAAAUAGUCUAUUAGUUUUUUGUGAAAACUACAGGUAUCUACAAGAAUUUUUAUUCGAAAAAAAAAAAAAUCAAAAAACUCAAAUGCCAUACAUUUAGCCGUGUUUCCUACGUUUUCCUCCGGUUUUUCGUUAUCAUUUGGAAAACUAUUUUUUAGUUAUUUUUCGAUUGCAGCAAGAUUUCUGGCUGAAAACUCGGUUUGCAAAUAUUAAAUCAAUUAAACUGGGAUGCCAAAUUGCCGUAGAUAUCAAUCGAUUUUGGUUUUUUGGUGUUUCCCAAUUAUUAUGAAAAUUGUUUUCGCCAAUACACAGCCUAGUACGCAUAUGCGUUGCACAUCCGCAUAUUAUAUGAAUAAAUGUCAUUAUUGGAUUUUUUUAUUUUUAUGGCAAAAACCUAUUAAAGUCUCUAUCUUCAUUAAACUCGAUUUUUAUGGAAUAAUUGAUUAAUAUUCAAGGAUUAUUACAAAGUAUGUGCAUUGUCUUACUUGCUUACCUACAAAUUAUUGUAGGAGAGCUGGAUCUUUGUCAAGACUAUUCGAGGCGGGCAAAAUAGUCUAACCGGUUUUCGCAGUUAUCUUGGUUAUCUGCCAGCGCCCAAUGGUCCCUACAACACAACACGACGCAGACUUCAGUGCUCGCCGUUCUUUUUUACGACAUGGCCGAUUUGGCGAUCAUAUUAUAAUAACUUUUUCGUGUAAUUUUUUUUAUUGAUCGGCCAACACGAUGGCGAUAUUUUAACAGUUUAAGAGUUUGAACGGCCGCGUGUUACAGAAGUAGGCACUAGAGCCCAUUUACUGACCCGAGUCCGCAUCUACACGGGACCGUAGUGUACAUAUUAGCGGACGAAUCUAACGGUAGAUCAUUUACCGAUCUAAUCCGUCGGUCGCUCUACAUUCGCACCGCGUCGUCCAUGGACCAGUCGACGGAAACGCCCGGGUACAUUACCAUAUUUUAUAAUUGUUACGAAUUAAAUACCCGUAACGGUUUUAAACGUCAUUUCUGUUUUAUGUUUCCACGCCGACAGCGGUGACGGACAACCGCCGUUCUGGAAACUGCGCAGAAACCGGAUCGCUUUUCUGGGUUUUCUUGGCUACAUUAACGUUUACACGCUCCGGGUGAACCUGAGCGUAGGUAUCGUGGCGAUGUCAGUGCCCACGGAAACCACAGUGAGUUUACGCGUUUGCAGUACCGCGCGUUAACGUCGUCACGUGUGCGCGCGCGUAUUUACCAGAGUCCCGUUGUCGUACAGCCACAAUAUGCGCACAAAUAUUCACAGCGAUUUGGGGCCCAUCGAAAUGUAUAACAUAUCAAUAAAGAGUGUCCCGGAAAGAUUUACCCGUUAUAAUAUCUCCAGAGAUAAUAAAUAUAAUACGAAUUCUUGUUUUUUGUUUUUUUUUUUUUACAUUAUUAUACUCACCGGGAUAAAGACUACGGAUAUUUAUAUUGCAGUUAAUUUUUUAUGUUUUGGUAAACUUUUCAUUUUAUUAUUUUUGAAAAAUCUGAAGUUUUUUUUCGGAAAAAUAACUUAUCGAAAUAUAUGUGGUCGGAACCGUAUUUUGUCGGAAAAUAAUUUUUACCCAACGACGAAAACAUGCAAAUCAUGGAGUGCUUAUAAUGAAAUUAUAUUGAACAAUUCCGACAAAAUAAUUUCCGACGAUUUAUUUUUCCGAAAAAAUACUUUUCAUAAUACUUUACACAAUACCACAAGUUUACCUCUUUUUUUUUCAAAAUGAAUUCGUUAUUUAGUGUCGAAAAAAAAAACAUGAAAAUGAAAAUAUAUUUCCUAUAAAACAUAGAUUAAAAAAAGGCAUAUGAAGUCAAAAAGUUUUUCUGAACGAAAAUUGGCCUACUGGAAGUGUGUUUGUUUUACUCCAGCUUAUUAAUUUAAAUGUACUUAUAGGUAAUAACAUGUUGGGAUGGGAACCUUUUGGUUUUUACUAAAUUUCCAUAUUUUUACAGUCCUUCCCCAGAUUUGAUUUUAUAUUUUAUAUGAAUAUCAAAAUAUAAAAUAUAUUCGAUCGAAGCGAUUUUUAAUAUUCGAAAAAUUCAAUAUGUAGUUAUACUUUAUACCUAUACUAAGGUAGGUACCUUCAAUUCAUGAAAAAAAUAUGUAUAUGUUUUUUAUCCAUUAUUAUUUUAACGAUAAAGUUAAACAUUAAAAAUCGCAUAAAUCGAAACCUAUAGAAGACUAGAAGAAAAAUUCAAAUCUGUUUCCUAAAUUUGAAUCUGUCAAAUCUAAGAUUUCAGAUUUCGAUAAAAUCACUUUACACGUGCCUACCCUUGAUAUUGUCAUUCGGCAGCAGCACUAUUGCAUUAUUGCCAUUAUAAGCAGAGUACCUUGAUAACGAGAGUGUGGCCAUAUGGAGUGAUAAGAGAUUAGGCCGCCAUUAGUUGGCUAAACAGACAUUUCAAUAUAUAUUAGUUACUAAGGUAUUACAUGUUUUUUUUUAUAGUUUCAGUUUCAAAUUGUUCUCAUUUUUUCUCAAAUAUUAACUUUUUAAACUUAACGAUAUAGUCUUAAUUAAUAAAAUAUAUACUCUGUUAAACUAUAUUAAACAAAUAAUAAUUAUUAACAUCGGUAAUUCAAUUUUAUUUUACCAUUUUUAAAAUAAAAUGCUAUUCUGGGUGUAAUAAUUUAUAAUUUGUUUAUUUCAUACUUGAAAUCUAACAUAUUGUAGCAGCUGAAGCAAUUUAUCGUAAAUGUUGACAUUUUUAAUAAUCAACCAUAACCGAUGAAAUUGGUACACAAAUACAUUAUUAUUGACAAAGUUGUAAAUGGUUAUAAUUUAAAUUCUUAAAUUUAUAAAUAACAGUAUAUAUUAUCAAAAAAUAGAAAAAAUAUGCUUGGAAAUAUACAUUUGAAUCUUUCAAAAUGUUUUUCUUUUUUAGAAAAUUCAUGGUAGCGGUGACUUCUUGCUAUAAUAUCACAUUUUAAAUAAACUUACUUAUAUAGCGAUCAGUUUUACAAUAUAUUGUUAAAAUUACAUAUAGAUUUAAAAUAAUGUCUUAAUUUAUUUUUGUGUAGCCCGAUUGAAUAGAAUUAGUUAUUUACCUACUCUGAAUUAAAAACUUAAAUUAAAGACUUUUAACUACAUUGUAACAUUACACUAUAUUUCAAAAAAAAACAUAAAUGUCAGAUCCCUUAAUACGAAUACUGAAUUUACUUAUUAGGUGUAAUUCACAGAUUAAAUGAAAAAAGGCCGCAAUAUUUUCUUACUAAUACCUAUUUCGUUUUUCCUCCGUUGUUUUCCCAUUUGUUGGAAAAACUAGGAAAAUCAAAAAUGACCUCUUUGAAGUACCACACCAGUCAGUUUUCUUUCAGAAAAAGUGCUAUCAGUGUGAAUCGGAGCGAAAUUGCUGGUAGAAAAGUUGUUCAUUACAGGGGAAAGAAAGGCCACGGUAUUUUACUAUACAUUCGUACAUUUUCUCUUUUUUCCAAUUUAUCGGGAAAACUCCUGGGAACUUAUACACCUUCAUACCUGUAUGAAAACAUAAACUAGUGAUUUAACAUUUAUUUAACAACUAAAUGGCUUUUAAAUUUUACGGUAAAGUAUUAUGUUAAAACAUCUUAUCAAAAUGAAAAAUAGCCAAAUAAUGGCGAUCAAUCCUGUUGUCUAAUCAGAACAUUGAGCAACUCUCCGUUUGGUCACACUCUCUUUAUCAAGGUACUCUAAUCGGCAUUAUUUUUAUUAACGGAUAAUUAAACCCGAAACUGGUUAUAAUGAUAUAUUAAUACAUCGAAAAUUAUCAUAAACUAUUAUUCAUUUAUUAAAAUUAUGGUUUCAAAAUAAUUUGAAAUAUAUAUGUAUAAUGUAAACACAAUAUAAGCGUAGGUUUCCCAAUCAAAUUACGUAAACAAGAAAAAAAAUUGUAGAACAUCGAGAAAAUCGAUCGAUAACUGAAUUUCUGGUUACACAUUAUGACUGUAUCUUAACAGUGAACAUACUAAAAAGCGCCUCCCUGUCUACGGCACUGUAAGGAAAGAUGUGUAGGAUAAUUUCAUUUUUACGCAACGAUUAAAUUUACGAAAAACUACUGUCACUCUCUAGACUUCUAGAUUUUAUUGACAAACCGGCCUUUGUCCAAACUAAAUUAAAAGUGGAUAAUAAUUAUUAAAUAAAACUAUUCAGGACAAGUUUAAAGAACUGUAACACAUGCAUGAUACUAUAAUCUUUACAAAAAUAUAUCUGUCACUUCUAUUAUACCACUUAAGAAAAGAAAUCUAAUCCACAGCCUUUAUUUAUGGGGUUGAACCGAUUACCUACUUACACAAAUGGAAAAGAAGCGCACUACCCUCCCGCAUUAUUUUAGUCCAAAAAAUUGUUCCUAUUAUUCAAUGUUCUAACUUAUAUAAUAAUCGUAAGAGUGGAUAGUUAUUGAUUAAUGCGGAAAAGUCGCAAAAUAAUUAAUAUUUGCAUAGGCGCGUAAUCAGCUGGUUUAUGUUUGAAUGAACAUAGUCGAAUAGAUCCUUUACGAUUUAUUGUUGACAGGUGACCGAAUUUCAAUGGAGUCCACAACUUCGAGGCACCGUAAUGAGUUCGUUCUUUUACGGCUACAUAUUUACGCAACUUCUAGGAGGUGUCCUGGCAAAUAAAAUCGGUGGUGUGAAGUUAAUCGGUUAUGGCGUCCUGAGCACAGCGAUCUUUACCAUCUUAACGCCCGUCGCGGCCAGAUAUUCGGUUUAUUUGGUCAUCGCGGUCAGAAUCAUUGAAGGUGUUUUCGAGGUUCGCAUUUGCGAGUGUUGUCUUUAGGCAUUGAAUUUAUAUUUAAUUACAUUUUAUUAUUAUUGUCAUUGAUAAAAAAUACGUUCACCGAAUCUGCAUGUAUUUAUUAUAUAUUAUACAGGGUGUCGUUUUUCCGGCUAUGCAUGGUGUGUGGUCAAAAUGGGCUCCGCCUAACGAGUCCACGCGAUUGACAUCGUAUGUUAUUUCUGGCGCUUAUGUAGGCACGGUAAUCGGCUACCCGAUGUGCGGAUGGUUAGCGAAAAAUUACGAUUGGCCUUCCACGUUUUACGUACCGGGUAACGUCCGACAUAUAAGCAAUUUACUCUUGUUAGAAUUUAAUUUUAAUAUUUGUUUUUUUUUUUUUUUCAUAUAUAUAGGUUUUAUAGCUAUAAUAUGGUGUGCCGUUUGGUUAACGACCAUUGCUGAAACUCCGGGUGAAGAUAAAUCAAUUACAAAAGAAGAACUUAAAUAUAUAAUCGAUUCCAUAGGACCGACUGACGACAAAAAACGUAGGUCCAUACUGAUCUUUAAAAAUAAAAAGUUGUUCUUCAUAUUUUUUUUUUAUAUAUCUAAGGUUUUUUUUUGGCAAAUAUUGAAUUUUGACAUCUAGUUUAUACAUACACAAAUACAACUAAUAUAUAAUAGGAAUAUUUUUCUAAAUUCCUUUUUUGACAGUACCAAUUUUAAUAAAAGUAAAAUCAUUUCAUAUUAUACAUUUAAAUCAUGAUAAUUAUAGGUACCUGUACAUAGUGUGCAUAAUAAUAAUGUAUGGAUGUUAAAUUAUCAAUGAAAAUAAUAUUCGAAUCUCGCCUUUAUUCUUCUCCUUUGCGUGUCGGCCAGUGAUAUUUAAAUGGCUUCCUUUGCCUAAUAAUCAACCAUUUUAAUUGUCUAUUCUUUUAAUCGUCUUCCUGGAAAGUCCUCCUUCUCUCCAUGUACAUGAACAAUGUGCACGAUAAAAUAAUAAAUCACUUUGUGUGUACCUAAAAUUUAGUUAGUGUCUCGAAUUAUCCAUGGAAACAAAUUUUUACUUCAAUGCCAGUGUGGUCGAUAACGUUUUCCACUGUCUGCGAGAAUUGGGGAUUCUUCACGUUACUGACCCAGUUACCAACGUUCAUGCACGGUGACUAUAAGAAUGGCAUCUGAUUUCCACUCAUGGCGAUAGAUAAUUAAUUUUAAAUGUCUUUCUUACACAGACGUAUUGAAAUUCGACAUCGGAAAAGGAAGUUUACUAUCAGCAUUGCCGUACUCGGUCAUGGCCGUUGCCCUCCAAUUUAGCGGAAUAUUUAUAGACUGGGUUCGCAAAACAAACAUAUUUACGACCACCCAAGUUUGUAUUCGUUUAAAACGUUUUAUAAAUGUAUGUGUACUAUUUAUACAUAAUAGGUCUUUUUUAUUUAAAGGUCAGAAAGAUCUCCACUUGCGGUGCUUUCUUUUUACAAUCCAUUUGCAUGUUUUCCGCGGGAAAUUGCGAAACCGGACUAGGAUCCAUCAUUUUUUUAACACUGACGGCCGGUCUCGUUUCUUUUUCUGUAACCGGAUACUGGUUUGUUAUCAUUUUAAUAAACGCUCGAUAAUUCUACUUAAUUAUUAUUAUUAUUGUUUAUACAGCGUUAAUCCUUUGGAUAUCGCACCCCAAUACGCCAGCAUUAUAUUGGGGAUCGCUAACACGUUCGGAACCAUACCCGGUAUCGUAAGCCCUCUGUUGACUGGAUUUAUCGUGCAGCAUCAAGUUAGUAACAACUAAUAAUAUUCAAUACUUUGGGUAUAAAUUUGUCUGAUUUACAUAACCACAUGUUUAUUUAAGUUCCUAAUGUUUCUAAUUAUUUCCUAAUUAUUUUUUCAAAUUAUUCUCGUUACAGAGUCCGGAAGAAUGGAAAUGGGUGUUUAUAAUAUCCAGCAGUUUAUAUUUUUUGGGGGGGCUAUUAUACGCGAUAUUCGGUUCGGGAGAACGUCAACACUGGGCCGAAAUCAAAACGACAUCAAAAAAUGACUUUGUUGAUGAACCCUUGAUGCGAAAUAACGACAUCGUACCAUUGUCACAAUGCGAAUAAUAAUAUCUAUUUUAUGCAAAUUAAU